AUGGCCGCCGUGCACGGUGCUGGAGGAGGGGUGAGCGACGUGAAGGAGGCGACGGUGAGCGACGUGAAGGAGGCGACGGAAUCCCCUGAGGGGAUUCGGACUAUGGAACAGAGCAGUCAUGCUUUGGACCGGGUUGGGUUAAGACGGUUUACGAUCUUUUAUGCAGUUGACUGCUUUCAAAGUUCAGAAGACCAAUAUCCAAACCAGGCUCAAAAUCUUUGUAUUCCAAAAACAAUCACCUUCCUGUCUUACAAUGAGCCAUUGGGAACCACCUUGGCCAGCGUUAGUCUUUUCCUUUCUUUCAUCACAGCUUUGGUGUUGGGGAUCUUCAUUAAAAAGUGGGACACUCCCAUUGUCAAAGCCAACAACAGGAGCCUCACCUACAUUCUUCUCAUUGUUCUCCUGCUCUCAUUCCUUUGCAGUUUGCUCUUCGUUGGGCAACCUGACCAAACAAAAUGUUUCAUGCAACAAGCUGCUUUUGGUAUCAUAUUCUCUGUAGCCCUUUCUUGCAUAUUAGGGAAAACAACCAUUGUUGUUCUUGCUUUCAUGGCCACCAGGCCAGGUUCCAAAAUGAGGAAAUGGGUGGGGAAUAAGCUGGCUUUUUCUAUUGUCCUAUUUUGCUCCCUGACACAAUUUACCAUUUGUACAGUGUGGCUGACAAUUUCUCCCCCAUUCCCAGAUUCUGACAUGGAUUUUAUAGCUGAAGAAAUUGUCCUAAAAUGUAAUGAAGGUUCAACAGCAAUGUUUUAUACAGUGCUUGGCUUUCUGGGGUUCUUGACUGCUGUCAGUUUCACUGUGGCCUUCCUAGUUAGGAAGUUACCAGAUAGCUUUAAUGAACCCAAAUUUAUCACCUUCAGCAUGUUGGUCUUUUGUAGUGUCUGGAUAUCUUUUGUUCCCGCCUAUUUGAGUACCAAGGGGAAAUACAUGGCUGCUUAA